CAUAAACACAAUUAUUUAUUUUUACAUUUGAUAAACCUAAAAUGACUGUCAAAUGGAGGGGGUGUUCUGUUGUAGUUGCUGGAAUAAUUGUACAUUUGACAUUAGGAACUAUUUACACAUUUGGAAACAUGACACCUUAUAUAACGUCUUAUCUGCGUCAAAAGGAUAUCGAUAACGAUUUGACGUACUCUAGAAGUAUUUGGAUAUUUUCCUCAGCAGCCAUGGGACAAGGAGCGUCAAUGUUCAUUGGAGGAUUUAUGUAUGAGAAGAUAGGGCCACGAUGGACUACCUUGAUCGGGUCAUGGAUAUCCAGUGGCGGAGUCGCCCUGACGUAUUUCUCCGUCCAGAAAUCUUUCGCGCUUGUCGUGGUAACGUAUGGUUUAAUGUUUGGUUUAGGUGUUGGAAUUGCCUAUGCUGUGCCUAUCAAUUGUGGACACAAGUGGUUUCCUGAACAUAAAGGACUUGUAAGCGGGUUAGUUGUAGCGGGCUUCGGAAGUGGAGCCUUUAUAUUUGAUCAAAUUCAAACAGUUUUUCUUAAUCCAGAAAAUAAAGAAGCAGAUCUGAAAGUUGCGGGAGACAAAUAUUUUACAGAAAAUGCAGUAUUAGAUAAAGUACCAAGUUGUUUCCUUUUACUUGGAGGAUGUUAUGCUGCUCUACAGUUGAUUGGAUGUUUGAUGUUAGCUGAUCCUCCUCAUCAAUAUCAGUUGUUACCACAGAAUAUGGGUGCAGAUGAAGACGAAGGUGUAGUUCAAAAUCCAGAAAAUGAGGCCAGUUUUACAUGGAGAGAAGCGAUUAAGCAAACUGCCUUUUACCAGUUAUGGUUUAUAUACUUGUUUAAUGGACAAGGUAUACAGUUUGUGUCGGGAUUAUAUAAGGCCUAUGGACAAAGUUUUAUAAAAGAUGACCACUUUUUAGCUAUAGUUGGAUCUUUGGCAGCAGUUUGUAAUGGUUCUGGAAGAAUUAUGUGGGGACAUUUAGCUGACAAAUACUCAUUUAGGCUUGCUAUGAUGUUGUCCUGUGGAAGUUUUGCUGCAUUGACUCUUUCAUUUGGAUUAACAAGUUUAUCUGGGAAAGGGUUAUAUCUUAUUUAUGUUUGUUUGUUAUUUUUAUGUUUUUCGGGAAAUUUUUCACUGCUACCCACAGCAACGUCAAAAGCUUUCGGCCAAAAAGAGUAUCCAAUAAUAUAUGGAAUGGUAUUUACUGCAUCUGUGAUAACCUCUCCGAUCGGGGCUAUUUUAUCUGAGAAUCUGAAAUCUGUGAUAGGGUGGUACGGGAUGUACUUGAUGUGUGCUGUAUUUUCCUUGACUAGUGUGAUUAUUGCAUUCAAGUUUAAUGUCAGGAAGUCCAAUGGCCAGCAUAUCUAAAUGUGCAGUUGAUAACUAUUUAUAUUGUAAAGGCUUUUAAGAUAUUUGUUAUAUUUUUAUAAAUACGUUUUGUUGUCUAA